GUGAUAGGAUGUGAUUAAAGGUUUACGAUUUAUUAUUGACCUCAUGGACCCGCUGCUCUUCAGGACUGACAUACAUAAAUAAGACAAGUGUCAGAAAGACUGAUAGACUUUCCAGCUGAUAUCCUGAGAACCUCUGGUUUCAAAAGAGAUCAAGGGAAAUGGAAUCCAAUGAGGCAAGUGUUGAGUACAACCGUUGGAGUGAAGAGAACAUAAACAUGAAAGUACCCAACUCACAGUCAAGACUGAUGGGGGUCUAUAACAGACUAUGCAGCGGACAACUGGGCAUCGCUAUGAAAUUGGCUGCACUUGUGGUUGUCAUAGUAGUGAUAUUCCUGCUUGGAUACGUCACAGGAUAUUAUGUUCACCGAUGCUGACAAGAAAACUUCAUAUAUAUGCACUUGGAUCAUGAAAACUAAGCACUGCUGUUUGAAAUGUAUAUUAUGUCUAUCACAACAUUGAUAGGCUACUUUUUUAUGUGCUGGCCUUGUAAACUGCACUUUAUGUUCUUUCAUUGACAAAAUGUUAAAUGCUCUCUCAUUUGUAAGUCACUUUAAAUAAAAGCACCUGCUAAAUAAGUAAAUGUAAAAAUGUACUGUGUACCAUUGUAUC